AUGGCAACACAAGAUUCGGACCAAGAAGAAAAAUACACACGGAUUUUAAUAACACUGAUAAAAGGCGGAACUAAACUAACAUGUAGGUUUUUUGAAAAACGUGUUGCGGAGCUAACGCCAGCUGACCAUGCCACCAGUCCAUGGACAAUUUAUGAAUUUCUUCUUGCAAAUAAAGAUAACAUAAACAAGUGUAAACAAGACACAGGAAGAAACAACAAAAAAUUGCUUUUUCCUGGAGCACCAGACAAGAUACAACACACAACAUGGGAUUUUGCUUUGUUUUGCUUCCUACUACAUGAGCUUUGUGACCUCAGUAGCGCUCAGAGGCUAGAUAUAGAAAUAAUCAUAAAGAUUCGACACAAACUUGCCCAUGCAACCAGCCCUACCUUACCAGAUCAUAGGUACAAUGUCUAUAAGCAGAGAAUUGAAGUUGUCUUCGGCAGAUUAUUAAAAGAGAUAGGUGGAGCCGACGAGACUUUUAUCAAAGAUAUCAAACAGAUAUUGGAACUGUUGAAUGGUGCGCCACUUAAAUUGAAAGAUGUUAUCCAGGAGAUACACAAGGCAAAACUAGAUAACAAAAAAGAUAUGGAAAUUAUGGCGAGACAUAUGCAAAGACUUGAGACGAAGGUUGACAUGAUACUUGACCACAUGAAAAUCGACAGAAGCAAAGUCAAAGUUGCAGACAUUAACGUUGAAAUUACUCCUACAAACUGUGACAAUACAACUAGAGCUUCGGCAUCAAGCUUGAUGGUGACGAAAAUGCAGCUUGCUGUUAACACAAACCCAACGUCGGAACAAACACUAAUUGUAAACGACCCUGAUGCUGAGGUUGACCAGGCGAUCGGUGGGAUUCGUGAAAACUUGGAAUCAAGCGGCAAACACAUUGUUGAUGUUGAUUAUAAAUGUGUAAUGUUAACACUGAGAUGUCACUCGCUAAAUAUUCUUUUAGCAUUAUACAACGACAGUAUAACGGGAAGAUUAUAUCAGAUCUUUAGACCAUUAGAGGUUGCAUUGAAUCAAAUAAUAGGUUUUGAAAACGUACGACUGCGUGUGGAAAUAGACGAAGAAGAAUUGUAUACAGCAAUAGGAAACUAUGUUGAUGUCUUAGAAGAAUUUAUCAUGAGCCCACAAGUGAGUGAAUAUCUUAUGCAACUAGAACAAGAUAGUCAGACAGAACCAGCAGCGGACACAGAUGUUACACAAGAACUUCUUGAUCACACACCUUACGGUUGUAGCAGAGAUGUUGCCUCGGGCAAAGUUUCUGACUGGACUAACAUAGAAAAAGUUUCCGUCAAAGAAGAAUUUUGCAAGAGCCAACGAUCGAGUGAAUAUCUCAUGGAAUUAGAUAAGGACAGUCAGACACAACCUGCAACAGAUAUAGGAAUUACGCCCCGGUCUGAAAAUAUCCACAACAUCUCAAGGGUGCAAGAACAUGAACCUGACGGAAACAUAACAGCUAAUACAGAGUCAGCAAACAUAGAUAUAUUCGAACCUGACAAUUACGCAGGUUUGGAAGUUUUUAAACGUCCAAUGUGUCUUGUGAGAAUAUCUGAUGACGGGCAGUUUGAAGUCGAUGAGAAUAUCUUAAUGCAGUUUCGAAAAAUCGAAUUGCCGAUUGUAGUUGUUGCUGUUGUCGGACUUUGCAGAACUGGAAAAUCAUACCUUAUGAACUGUUUAGCAGGACAGCCUGGAGGUGGAUUUCCUCUUGGUAAUACAGUUGAAGCAAAAACAAAAGGCAUUUUAGCAUGGUGUAAAAUGCAUCCGGUCAAAUUGGACACUGUCAUUUUAAUGCUGGAUUCUCAAGGACUUGGAGAUAUCAGAAAGGGCAACGUUUCUAUUGACUGCAAAAUUUGUACCAUUCUGGCUUUAUUGUGCAACGUGUUUGUAUACAACAUGAUGUCAGCAUUAAACAGAAAUUUUGUAGAAGAUCUUACGUUUGUUUCGGAGAUUGCUAAACAAAUUCGUGAACGUAACACGAAUAUAACCGGAGAAGUAGAAAAUACAGAAGAAACUUCACCAACGCUUGUAAUAUGCCUGCGUGACUUUUGUUUGCUUUUAGAAAAAAGUGGAAAGGCAGUUAACGCUAAUGAAUACCUUGAGGAUAGUCUCCGAUCAAAACCGGGAACUGACGAUCGCACCCAAAGAUAUAAUCAAACGCGUGAAUCCAUAAGGAAGUUUUUUCCGAAACGAAAAUGUUUCACAUUUGACAGACCUGGCAAUGUUCGAACUUUGAAACAGCUGGAAACAGUUUCAUUGAAAGAGGUGUCGGCAAAAUUUUAUGAGGAUGUUCUGCAGUUCAAGUCUUUCGUACAUGAAUGUACUCCAAUGGUUCGGUCGGAAAGUAGACCAAUCAAUGGCCAAGGUGAGUAACGCUGUAUUUGUAUUUUCUUAUGCACCGAUUACUUCGUAAGAUCUAUAUGUUAUGUUAAAACCUGCAACUUUCAAGUUAUUUAAAUCGACCGAUGUUUGUUAGGACCAUAUAUGUGCACAACAUUGUUAUCAGCACUUAUAAUACAAAAGUACAUCGAGUUAUAAAGAAGUCCAAACAAUUCGCGUACUAAGAUUUAAUGUUGUUAUAUUUUCUGAUCCUUUCGGAUCAUGGAGUCUAUUAAAUUGAUGUGUAAUAGAGUUCCGCUAAAGCCGGUCCCUGGCGGUGGGCGGUGGCGCGGUUGGAUUUGUUAGAGGUGUUGCACAUUUCAUUACCUCACAUGAACAUUUUCAUUCUACCGAGUCUACUUUUAUUCUGCUUGGUUGCAUUCUAUGCUUCCAAAGGAUCUUCUUACAGACUUCAUUACAACAAUGUUAUAUAUUUAUUUUAACAUAACAUAUAGAUCUUAUAUAAACAAUGUACAUUCAUACUUCUGAACACGCCUGUUUACAAAACCAAUAUCAAAGCAUAAAAAAUAAAGGGUCACCUCACUUGCCAAUGAAUGUCUAAUCAAGGUGUAAAAAUCAGAUUAAGUCAUAAUAGAAAGUACAUUUCAUUAAAAUUUGAAAUGAUGUCACUGAAACUAAAGUUGAUGAACUGUGUUUAUCUUUGGUACAUGAGUGUCUGCGUUAUAGUGGUUUUCGUUGUAGUGUGACUG